CCGGCCCAGCUCCGUGCCCCGCCUUGAGCCCAGCGACCCCCAACAGCUGCGCGCAACCGACACCCGCUCUCGCCCUCGUCCUCGUCCUCUCGGCACCUCGUCAGCUCAAGAGCCCUCAGCCGGACAGGGCAUGCUCUACCGCGACUGGGACCGCUUCAAGGAGGCGUGCAGUACCCUCUGUCGCGAUUCGGACCACCCUACGCGCGCGUGCAUCCGGUGGCGCCAUCAAGUCGGCCUCGUCGUCUUCAAGGUCACCAACGAUGCCAAGUGCCUCACGUUCAAGACGCGGUCGACGACCUACCUGAACCGGUUCGACGCCCUCAACCGCGCCCUGCUCCGCCAGUACCAGAACCAGCGCCGCCCGUCGUCGCCCUCGGCACCGGCCCCGAUGGCGAGCGAGUCGACCGAGCGCCCAGGUCCGGUCCCGGCGGCCGCGGGAGUGCAGGCGUCGAGUGCGACAGCUCGAGGUGGAGGCGAGGGGCCAGACGAGGCGGCGGCCAAGGCCAAGAAGCGGCGGAGCAAGAAGAAGGCCAAGUGAGGCGGGGAGCGGUUGAGCUGCAUCGACGGCUGUGCGCUGUGCAUGUC